AUGGGUAACAUUUGUGCAUCUUCACAAUUUAUAAGUGAGGGUGCAAAGCUCAUAAGGCCAUCCACAACCAAGAUCGUUCAAUUGGAUGGGGGGCUGCAAGAGCUUAGGCGCCCAGUUGUAUCAAGCCACAUCCUCUCCCAAAACCCCAACUGCUUCCUCUGCACCUCAGAGUCCAUGUACGUAGGCUCAUGUGCUCCUCAAGUUCCUAAAGAUGAAGAGCUCCAGCUGGGUCAAAUCUACUUCCUCAUGCCACUUUCUCAGUCAAAGUCGCCUUUGUCUCUCCAAGACUUGUGUUCUCUGGCCAUCAAGGCCAGCGCAGCCCUAGCCAACCAUUCAGAGGCAGCACAUCUUGUUUCAUCAAAGAGGUCACCGACUGGCGUUGACAUGGUUGGCAUGAUGAGCUCCAAGGAGAGGCGAGGCAACCAAAGAAUUGAGCUCUAA